AUGCGUAUCAAACGCUCUCCUGCUGCCAGGCGCUAAGUGGAAAACAAAGAGUAAGCAUCGGCUAGGAAAUAUAGUAAAUGGCUUUUUUUUUAUAUAAGAAAUAGAGUUGAAACAAUCAACAUGCUUACCUUCAUGUGAAAUGAUAAGCGUUGCUGUUUACGUCUAAUCAAGACUUCACAUCUCGAGGCUGUAAGUGAGUAAAUCGGCUUUAUUGUUCGAAUCAUCGGGUUCUGACCGUUGCAGAAGAACAGAAAAAUAAACUCAGUGUAUGGGGAUGGAUCUGGACUAAGUGACUGGAGUUGUGGGCGAGGAAACUGUUGCAUCACUCGAGUUUGCUGUCGCACAUUUCGGACUUGCCCAGUCCAUCCAAGGGAUGAUGAAAUUACUUGCCUCUGUGUAGAAGAGGAAUUGCGAACCCAGACGCCAUUGAUGGGCAGGGAAAACUUCUAAAAUAAAUGUCCUGCAGUGCUUUUGAGCGUUAUUUGUCCCCUCAGUUCCCUUCUUUUGACAAGCGUUUUGCCUUGGAUUUUCACUUGUGGAGGAGUGGCAAGUUUCCUGCGCUCUGAGCGGCCGAGGAGAGGCGUUGUCUGUGGUCCUGAACUCUGAUAUCUCACCCAGGAGUUGGCCUUGAAAGCAACUUCAGACAGAACUAGAGUUACAGCAGAGGUUGUCCUGCCAGCAGCUCCUCAUAGGGCUGAAUAUGGUAACUCUGCACAGAGUUCAUCUGCAAACAUUGCUUCUUUUGUUGUUUGUCGUCCACCUGAGCAGGCCAGUAUGUGUCGACGUGGCGUCGGAUACAGAAGCAGUGCUCGGAAAAACCAUGAAGUUGACGUGCAUCUCCUGUUUGAAGAGGGAGGAGGUCAAAACAAAUACAACUGUGAAUUGGUACUUCAGGCCAAAAGAAAACGAAAACACAAAACAACAUAUUUACAAAUAUGAGAAUGGAAUCCGAAAAGGUUUGAAUGAGCAUUUUACCGGCCGUCUGGAGUGGAAAGGUAGCAAGGACCUUCAAGAUGUCUCCAUUUCGAUCCUAAAUGUCUCAGAGAGUGACAGUGGUUUCUAUGAGUGCCACGUUAACCGUCAGUUUAAGUUUGAAGUCUUUACUCCUUCUGUUUUGACAAUUAAGAAUAUCACGCUGACCGUGAAAGAGAAAGCCUCCAAUGACACCGCUGCAAUCUACUCUGAGAUCAUGAUGUAUGUCCUGCUGGUGUUCUUGACCUUCUGGCUGCUGGUGGAAAUGGUCUACUGCUAUAGGAAGAUCUCAAAGUCUGAUGAGCAAGCGCAGGAUGCAGAGACAAACUACCUGGCCGUUCCCUCUGAGCAGAAAGACAAUACAGUCGCUCCUGUUCCCGAAUAAAAGCGAUUUUCAAUGACACGGUAUUUUACAAGUAUUGACCACUCAGGAUGAUGGCACAGAUAGCACAGUCCCAUCAGUGCCACCAUGAACACAUUUCUCCCAGAAAGCCAUGUGAAUCCCGCCAGCUGACCUCCCCUAUGUAUUCACUGUGUCUUAUAACAUGAAGUGCUAUAUUUUUUCUCUUCCUUUUCCCAGCUCCAGGCCUCUGACAUCAAGUGCUUUUACUAAUACAGUAUCUCGAAGAGCAAAAAUGUCCCGCACCUAUUAUCUGAUGAAUAUAGCCAUGCUAUACAGUAUGUGGACCUGCUGAUGUAUAGAUGUACUACCCUUUUCCUUACAGUUAGUCUUUGUGAGUUUUGUACCUCAACAUAUACUGCAUAACCUAAGAAAAGAACCUACUGUUUUAAAGGCUCCUAUACUGACUGUAGUACUUGCCUAGUUAAUUUUUUAACCUUUUUAUAGACCUUGUAGUGAUUUUUCAUAUCACGGUUUUGUUUGUAUUGGCCACCAGUCUUUUUAUGGUGAUUGAAUUAGGAAGCUUUUUUUUACUGUAUGUGCGUGCAUUUCCUCUGCUUUUUAUUAUGCAUCACAACAUCAUGGAAAUAUACAUAGGAUUUUCUGCAAGAAAAACACUAUUUCAAACUGAAUUCAUUUGACAUUCUUUUUUUAUUCGCUUCUGUAUAAAUCUUUAAUCAACAUUCAGCUCUGAUGUCAAAGUAAAUUCAGUAGGUCAAGUGGUACUGCACUUAGUACACUUCAAUGCAUUCUUGGAGCUUUGACUGUUGGUGAGCAUUGCUAUUGAGCCUUGGUGUGUGCCUACUUCAAUGAUACAAAACUGUAGAAAUAUUUCUAACUUGACUAUUGUGUAAAGCCGUUCUUGGUCUGUUUCAGAUUUAGUAAUUCAUCUGUAAGCUAACAUCUUUACAAAUAUUAAAAAGACAUUCCACGGUG